UAGCAUUUUUUGUGUGGUGUGGUGGCGUCUUAUUGUCAGAUUAUUAGAUUUUAAUUGAAUUAAACGCAAGAAUAAAGCGAUGCUGAGCCGCAAGAGACGGGCGAGCAGCAUAUCCAGUCGACAGGACGAGGAUCCGUUGCAGCUAGACGACUCGACGCCCGAGCAGUCGCCGGUGCAGCAGACAACGACACAAUCGGCGCGAAAAAAGCGCCGUCUCGAUCCCACAGAACUAUGCCAGCAGUUGUACGAUUCCAUUAGAAAUAUCAAGAAGGAGGAUGGAUCCAUGCUUUGUGACACUUUUAUUCGGGUUCCGAAGCGUCGGCAGGAGCCUUCCUACUAUGACGUGGUGGUGAAUCCCAUCGAUCUGCUCAAGGUGCAGCAGAAACUGAAAACAGACUCAUACGACGAUCUGGAUGAUCUAAUGGCAGACCUGGAGCUACUCAUUGGGAAUGCGAAGGCUUUUUAUAAAUCCGACAGCUUCGAGUAUCAAGAUGCGGUAUCCUUGUGGCAGCAAAUCCAGUCGCAGAGGCAGCGUAUCAUGGAGGCCAACGGAUUAGCGGAGGAGGAGCCGCGUGCUCGACGCAUUUCGCGGCAGGUGCGCCGCAUGACUACCAGCACGGAACCGGGUGGCGACGGAGCAGCUGAUGACGAGUACAAUCAGUACGAGGAGCUCUUCGCCUCAGUUAUGACUGCCUCAGAUCCUGUGGGCGACCGGGCCAUGCACCGUAUGUUUCAAUUGCUUCCCUCAAAGAAGAUCUACCCUGACUACUAUGAUGUCAUUGAGCAUCCCAUUGAUCUGCGGCUGAUUGCGACCAAAAUCCAAAUGAACGCAUACUCCUCGCUAGUGGAGAUGGAGCGGGAUUUGCUGCAGAUGACGAAGAACGCAUGCCUAUUCAAUGAACCCGGUUCUCAGAUCUACAAGGACGCCAAGGCCCUAAAACGCAUCUUUACGCAGAGGCGUAUUGAGCUAGAGACGGGCAAGGGCAAGCUCGCUAAGAGGAUCAAAAGUCUUUCGAGUGCGGCAAUUGCGGCACUAAAAGAAGAGGUAGACAGCUCGGACGACGAGGAGACUAGCAAAAAGGGAGAGGGACCCAUGUGGGCAUUAUUCGAUCAUUUAUAUAACGCACCAGGAACUUCAGAGCAUCCUGGUGUGACUGGUCCCCCUUUGGGCAACUCCCUUUGGAAACUGCCAGUGCGCCGCUUUCAUCCGGAAUACUUUGAGUUAAUCAAACGACCGAUAUCCAUGAGCCAGAUCCACACAAAGCUGAAGAAGGGAGACUAUGCGAACAUCAGUGAUCUCACGGCCGAUUUGUAUCUCAUGCUGGACAAUGCCAAAAAGGCGUUUCCGCUUUCCCAUCGCACACACAAAGAUGCUUUGAAAAUGCUAAAGCUUAUGAACGCAAAGCUAGUGGAGGAAUCCCUGGAGGAGGGUAGCGAUCUAGAUGAGGAAGAAGCAGACGAGAUGGACGCAGAGGUAUUUACGCCUAGCUCGCAGCCGGAAAAGCGCAAACCGGGCAGGCCGCGUAUCAACUCUAAUUCCAACUCGAAUGCCUCCCAUACGCCAAACAACUCGAACUCACCCAAAUCCAAUCGUAUUGCCAUUAAUGCGGCAAUUAAGAAGAAGAUUCUAAGCAUACAAAAAUAUCUGGUGGACUAUUCUUUGGGGAAUCGGCGACCUAUCGAGAUGUUUAUGGAGAAGCCGCCACGUAAGAUUUAUCCGGACUACUACGAUAUCAUCCAGAAUCCUAUUGACAUGAACACCAUUGAGCACAACAUACGCACCGAUCGUUAUGCCGCCGUAGAGGACGUGGUAUCCGACUACCGACUUAUGUUUUCCAAUUGCCGGCAGUAUAACGAGGAAGGUUCUAACAUAUACGAGGACGCUAACAUCUUGGAACGAGCCCUUAACGAAAAGCUCAAGGAGUUUCCAGGUCUGUCAGAGGGCAAAAAAACCCAGCAAAAGUACAACAAAGUGGGCAGGAAGUUAAAAACAGCUCUGAUCACUGAUCGCCUGUGGCAGUUCUAUGAAACUGUAAAGGAGUAUCAGGAACCGAAGGGCAAGAGGCAGCUAUCGCUGAUAUUUACCAAACUGCCGUCAAAGAACGAAUAUCCGGACUACUAUGACAUCAUUAAAGAACCAAUUGACAUGGACCGGAUAGCUCAAAAACUAAAACAGGGCGCUUACGAGAGUUUAGAUGACUUGGCUGCUGAUUUUCUGCUGAUGUUGGAGAAUGCCUGCAAAUACAACGAACCAGACUCGCAGAUAUACAAAGACGCUCUGGUUCUACAGCAGUUGACACUGCAGCUGAAGCAACAGCUACGCACCGAGCGCGAUUCACUUCCUGAUGUUCCUCUGGCUGUUCAGGAACUAUUCCUUUCCCUGUUCACUACUCUUUACAAUCACCAGGACGAAGAGGGUCGUUGCUACUCCGAUUCCCUGGCUGAACUGCCUGAGUACGAUGAGAUAGGUGAAGGACCCAAGGUGCGCGGCAUAUCACUAGAUCUUGUGAAGCGAAGGUUGGACAAGGGAGCUUACAAGCGGCUUGAUAUAUACCAGGAGGAUAUAUUCGCCUGUUUGGAGCGUGCAAGAAAAUUAUCGCGCACAGAUUCAGAUAUUUUUCAGGACUCUAUCGAACUGCAAACCUACUUCAUCCGAAAGCGGGACGAGUUAUGCAAGGAUACACUAAGCUCACCUGCUCUAAGCUUUACUCUUGAGCGCCUUCUAGCUGAUGUAGAGGUUAGUCGACAGCAGAAGGUGCAACAGGAAGAACAGGAUCAGGAGCAGGACAAGGAGAAGGAUGAGUUCAACGCCGCCAAGGGGGAGAGCAUGACUAUAAACCAACAGGUAUUUUCCCCCGGCGAUUACGUGUACGUGCAAAUGCCGGAAAACAAGAUUCCUUCCAUAUGCUGCAUUGAGCGCCUGUGGACGUCUCCUACUAACGAGAAGCUAAUGCAGGCUUCGAUCUUUGUGCGUCCACACGAAACCUACCAUGUAACCACUCGAAAGUUCCUCGAAAAGGAAGUGUUCAAGAGCAGUCUUUCGCAAACUAUUUCAAUGGACAAGGUGCUGGGAAUGUGCUAUGUGAUGAAUAUAAAGGAUUAUAUUAAGAUGCGGCCGGACAGACUGCCCGAAAAGGAUGUCUUCGUCUGCGAAUCUCGCUACAACAUCCAUGGUCGUUGUUUUAAGAAGCUGAAAAGCUGGCCGCCGAUUCGCGAAGGCAGCUCUGUAAAAUUUGUUCCGCGUGAGCAGCCAUUGGAGCUAAAGCGAGUGAUGUCCGUGUUUAAAGAGCGUUUGGAGAAGCAUAAAGGAGAACUGGAGGAGCUGAAACUCCAAGAGACCCUGGUCGAGAAGGAGAAGCCAAAUGUGUCUUGCGAUCCACCGCAAAAUUCUGAGAGCACCAGCACAUACUACCAGCAGUACAACACGGUCUGUAGCGGGGCCAUAAAAACUGGGGACUUCGUAUAUGUAGCCACCCAAACAGGAAAACAGUCGGUGGCUCAGGUGCAUCAGAUCUGGGAGGAAAAUGGUAAAUCCUACUUUAAGGGUCCAUGGUUGCUCCCCCCCAGCGAGACGACUCCUGGCUUGGGAAAGCAAUUCUUCCGCCAGGAACUGUUGCUGAGCACCGUCGAAGAGGUCAGCCCGGUAGUGGGUAUUGUGGGUCGUUGCGCCGUCCUUGAAUAUGCCGAAUUUAUCACCUCACGGCCCACGGAGAUAUCGGAAAGCGAUGUGUAUAUUUGUGACUCCGUCUACGACGAGCUGAAGAAGGCUCUCCGAAAGCUGUCUCCCGGCAAUAUGCGCAAGUUUAAGCAUAGUCCUGCCGUUACCGAAGAUGAGAUAUUCUAUUUUAAAACUCCUAUUAAGCCCUCCAAGGACGUUAAGAACGAGUUGAACGAGCUAGCCAUGUUGGAGGAUUCAAUGGAUGGGGAUACUCCCUCGCUAAGUUCAGAUAUUGCGGCAAUGUCUUCGCCGGCUCCUUCAGUGAACUCCACACCACUGACCUCCAAAUUUAAGGCAGCAAAAUCGGCCAAGAAAUGUCUUACCGGUUACAUUCUCUACUCUAGUGAAGUAAGGAAAGGCAUUUGCCAGAGUAAUCCGGAAGCCACUUUUGGCGACAUAUCCCGCAUGGUGGGCACCGAAUGGAAGAAUCUCCCGGCCAGCGUGAAGCAAAGCUGGGAGGAUCGGGCCAGCCGUCAGAACGAGGAGACAGCGGCCAUGCGCCGUGAGUUAGACGACGCUCAAAACAGCGCCAGCCCCUUGCCUCAGAUGUCACAGGAUGCCUUCGGCCAGGUGCUAACCUUCGAGUGUCAGUGGGACAAGUGCGAUUUUCAAUUCGAGGAACUGGGCGAUUGCACGGAACAUUGCAUGUCUGAUGCCACUGGUCAUAUUCAGCGCCAUCCACAGGCGGGCGUAGAGAUGGAGUAUGUCUGCCUGUGGCGCAACUGCCCGCGGAUAAAGAAAUCAAUCCAGGCCUUUCCAAAUGUUCUUCGCCUUAUCAAGCACGUGCGCGAAGUUCAUCUUAGCAAGUGUGGCAAGUCCGUGUCUAUGGCAGAUCGUAGUAAGAACUUUGUGCCGCGUCGCCAAAAGAAUGCCCCACUGGCCACAACGGUUCCCAUUCCUCCCAGCCUUGCGCAAUCGCCGCGCGCACCAAGCAAUCUCGAGGCAGUUCAGCUCCAGCAACAACAACAGCAGCAUAAUGUGCACCAAUUGCAACAGCAACAGAUCGUCUUAGGACCUCCGCCAGAGCCAAUGUUCGUCACAGUGCCACCGCGUACCACUCGCGUCAUACACUCAGAGGCGUACAUUAAAUACAUAGAAAGCCUGCACACGGGUAGCCACUUGAACGUGGCCACCUGUAACAACAACUGGCGGCGGGCACUAACGCAUGUCACACCGGCACAAGUCGUGGCCAAGGCGCCACUACCUGAGCAAUGGAUCGGACCAAAUCUCCGUGACCAAGGCAAUGUGGUGCAGGCUUUAUGCCACCUUCGCAAUUUUAUGGUCGACGACGUACUUCAAAUACGGCGGAGCUGCAACUAGCUAAUCGUAAUAUUUUAAGCCCAAAGUGUUUCGAGUUCCAUGUUUAUAAACAAAAGAAACAAAUUACAAAACAUGUUUGUAUUAACUAA